AUGCGCUUCCAAGCAUUACCAUUCGUUUUGUCGUUACUCGGUUCCGCGAGCGCUCAAGUCGCAGAGCAGCCAACAACCACGAUCCAAGUCCCACAAUGUACAGCGACUUCACAUACCGGCAUGGGCGGUUUCUUCGAUCUACGACCAGACAUGGCCGUCGUUCCCGAUGAGAACACCAAGAAGUACGCCGUGACGAAGGACUACUUCUCAAAGGGCUACGACUACGGCAAGAACUUCACAUUAAACAUCUGCGGUCCUGUCGUAGAGCCAGUCACAAACGUCGUCGGUGUCGAGCCGCCUUUGUGGCAGAACAGCCGUGGUCGCAAGUUGGUUCUUCAAUACACGGGGGGAUCUCCUUGCGGCGCCGACGUUAACAAGACGGAACCUAUCUACGAACGAUCCGCCCAGCGCGACUCGUACCUCGAGGAUGAGAAUGACUUGACGGCUUACACACCUGUUCCGGAACCCGAGGAGCCCGUUGAGGAGGAGCCGAAGCCAAAGGACAAGCGAAGACGCAAGUCGACGACCAUUUCGUUCCACUGCGAUCGAGACCCAACCACGACCUCUGCCAGCGUCUCCUUUGUUGGCACAGACCCAGACGAAUGCGCCUAUUUCUUUGAAGUCCGAUCCUCGCACGCAUGCGCCCACGCAGAGCCGCAUAAGCCCGGCAGCGUCGGUCCAGGCAGCAUCUUCGGACUCAUCGUCGUGAUCGCAGUCCUCGUGUACUUCCUCGGCGGCAUCUUCUACAACCGAACGGUAACCCAUGCGCGCGGCUGGCGACAACUCCCCAACUACAGCUUAUGGGCGGGAAUCUGGAGCUUCAUCUGCGUGCGUCGUCCCCUCCCCGGCUCCAAGCCCGAGCGAUACUCUCCCUGA